GUGAUACCGGAAAUUACCGAGAAUUCCCGAGAGAGAGCGACUGACCUCUAACCUCUGGUGGGAAACGAGCGCCAGCCACGUCACCCCGGCAAAGUUGGAGUUUUUUUCGAGUUCCUGACGUGUAUAAAACGACUCGAGGGUUUGGGAAAGGUACAGACGACGGCAGAAGGUCGGGAAAAUGGUGCUGAUGACGAUGAUAGCUCGGGUAGCGGACGGGCUGCCGCUCUCCGCCUCUAUGCAGGAGGACGAACAGAUGGGUCGUAACUACAUGGAGUAUCAAAACCAGGGCAAGAUGCUGUUCAGGAAGCUGAAUGAACAAUCUCCACCCAGAUGUAGUAUCGAGUCAGGACCUAUGAUCUUUCACUACCUGAUAGAGCGAGGUGUGUGCUACCUGGUCCUGUGUGACAAGAGUUACUCCAAGCGGCUGGCAUUCUCAUACCUGGAGGAUCUGCAGGGGGAGUUCCAGAUACAGUACGGCAAGAGAGUCGCAACGGUAUCCAGACCGUACUCCAUGAUAGAAUUUGACACGUACAUCCAGAAAGCGAAGAAGUCAUACAUGGACUCCAGAGCGAGGCGGAACCUCACACAUCUCAACACAGAGCUGCAGGAUGUGCAAAGGAUCAUGGUCCAGAACAUCGAUGACGUCCUUCAAAGAGGAGAAGCCUUGUCUGUUCUAGACGACAAAGCCAGUAACCUCGCGGGUCUGUCACAGAAGUACAGAAAAGACGCCAAGAUGCUGAACCUGAGGUCAACGUACGCUAAGGUCGCGGCUGGAGCCAUCAUAGUCACCAUCUGUGUCGUCUUCUUCAGAUUCUGGUUAUUCUGAUUUUUGCGAUUCUUAUUGAACAAAUGUAGUGAACUAAAGUUGUACAUGCACAGUAAAGGCAGGUCAAGAAGUUAUGCUGAGGUCACAUUUCCAAACCGGGGCCCGGCCAGGCAGUCCUAUGGAACAAAAAGUAUGAUAUAGAAGCCAACAAAGCACAAAAGAGCU